GAUUACUGUACGCAUGCGCUGUCAAAUUGAAGAGAAUGGCGGAAAAUAGCCCCGGAUAAUAUUUUCUCAAAAUUUGAAGAAAUUGCGGUAAUUCUUAAACAGUGAUAACAUGGCAUCUUCCUACGACAAUUCCUCUGAGGAACAAACAGAACUACGCAGACUUCAUCAUAAACUUAUCUCUGAAAUUAACGAUGAUUUAGAUGAAAACAGCAAAGAGUAUAAAAAUUUGAUUUUUCAUUUUGGAACUUAUGUGCCUCGAGGAUUAAUUGCCAAUAAAUCGAGUCUAGAUAUAUUUGAAACUUUAUGCACCAGAAACAUCAUUACACCAGGAGAAAAUUAUGAAAAAUUGAAACAGAUAUGUCGAGACAGUGGAAAUGAUAUUUAUGUAGAUACAAUAGAAAAAUAUGAAAAGGAAAUGGAAAAAGUUCGAUCUCAACAUAGAUAUACAGAAAUCAAGAUGGCACAUGAGAUACAUUUAAAGAAUAACAAAUACCGGCAGUGGGUUAAGGCUGGCCUAGGCUUGGGUUAUCUUAAAGAGGGACUUGCACCAUUUUGUGAUGACAUUGGAAGACAGCAGCACAACGAUAUUAUUAACAAAAUACAACAAACAAAGACUCCUCAACCAAACAUACCAUGUGGCGCCUGUCAGAUAACAACUCUCCAGCCAGAUCAUGUCCGAGUCUCAAAAGGGAUAUGUCCCCUCAAACAAGAUAAAUGUAACUGUUGCUUUCCUAAUAAUAAGAGACCCUGUCCAAACAACAUAUGCGGUGCCAUCUAUGACAGCAUUAUACAGUAUCAUGCAUCAAUACCACCGGCACCUUUUUGGAAAAACAGUGAUGUCCAACAGUGGUCAACAGAACCGUGGGAGGUUUGCAAAUGUUUUAUAAAUGCUCCUGGGUACAAGGACAAGACAUCAGCAGUCGACACUGAUUGCACUGGGUUGCUUCAUGUUAUCAUAAAUAACAAGUACUUUCAUAGUCACAUUGGAUGCAAUGUUACAGGACCAAACAAUCUUUUUUCAAAGGUACGGCAGUACCGAAACGAAAUUUUUCACUCGAGCAAUAUGGAGUUAGAGGAGAGCAAAGCUAAUUGUUAUAUUGAUGACAUGAUAGCUGUUCUACAAGAUGGUAAAGAACUUUUACAUCGACAAGAUGCACAACAAGCUGUUGUUAAACUUCAAGAUCUGAAGAAGAAGGAAUUUAUUAUUACCACUGAAGACUUUAAAGAAAUUCUGACUCAAAUCAAAGAAAAUGCUGCAACAAAAGAGGAAUAUGAGGAGCUCAAACAUAAAUUUACUGAACUAAAAGCACAGGUGUUGGAAGCUGAGAAAGAACGUACAGAGAUGAAAAGAAAAAUUACUGUUCUUGAGACAGAGCAAAAAGAGGAGAUAAAAAGACGCAAGGUAGAAGAGUCUCCUAAACAAAAACAGUUAAAAUAUGAAAAUGCUAAAUCAGGUUGUCGUACUCAAUUGAUGGAACAUUAUCGCAGUGAUGUGCUUAAAGUAUCAGCAAUACCUUUACAACCAGAUGAGGAAAAUUAUAAUUUCAGUGAUGUUUAUAUAAGACCCACUAUAACAAGCAAGAUAGAAAAGAACAGAGGGGAGUCUGAGGAAAAAGAAAUAGAGUCCAUGUCAGAGAUUUUCACAAAGAGUGGGGAUCCACAGAAAUUUAUUUAUGUUGUUGGAGAUGCAGGGUCUGGUAAGAGUAGUUUCUGUAAAUAUUUGAUCAACUGUUGGUGUAUGGCACACAGUGAUGGACACAAUGAAGAUGAUGAGUUUGAAGAAGUCAAAGAAAUGAAGAAAUUUGAUUUCAUGUUUUAUAUUUCUCUUAGACAUAACAUAAAGAUCCGAAGUAUCCAAGAAAUGCUUGAAAUGCGUUAUGAUAAGAUAAAAAAUUUAAGUAAACUUCUGGAAAAUGAUUCUGAAAAGAUAAUUAUUUUGCUUGAUGGUUUAGAUGAAUGGUCUUUUGACAGUGAGACUAGGAAUGAGUUCCAGGCAGGCCUACCUGAACGUGACUUUACAAAGAAAUACACCAUUGUUACUACAUCACGGCCAUGGAAAAUUCACAGUUUGAGAGUAAGUAAUAGAGAGAUUCAUCAAUUAUUGAAAUUUAAAGGGUUUGAUAAAACACAUGAAAAAGAAAUGAUUAAGAAUACAAUAACAGCAUUGAAUGAAUCAUUAGAUCCUAAUGUGUGUGAAGAAAAGCUUAGGAUAACGUCUCUGGUUGGCCUGAAACAGGUACCAAUUAUGCUGCAGCAAUUGGUUUGUCUAUGGUGUGAUGGUAAACUUGAUAAAACUUCAAGGUGUGCUAUUUAUACUGGUAUGUUAGAACUUUAUUUCACCUGGAAUAUCAAUAAAACUUUAGGAAAUAAAACAGAAUGUAUGGAAAGUUCUCAGAAUGUUGAACUCCCUCAGUAUUUAACAGAUGUAGAGAUAUUUAGAUUAAAUAGUCAUCUUAUAAAUGGUGUGUCACGCUUGGCUUAUGAGACAUUGUUCAAUUAUUCAAAGGAUAAGUCCUUAACAUUUGACAAAUCUGUGUUUGAUGAUUUGAAAAUAUCACAUGAAAUGCGAGAAACAUGUCUGAAACUGGGAAUUUUGACAGAAGAUAAAUGUCCUUCUUUUUCUGUAUCCAAACCUAAAAGCUCUGUGUUCUCUUUCAUUCACAAAUCAAUGCAAGAAUUUCUGGCUGCAGUGUAUAUUGGCAUCAAUUUUAAUGCAAAAAUUGGUUUGUCAGAUAGUACAGGAAAUGUUGAAUUAGUCAAAAAGUUUAUUUGUGAGGUUUUUCGGAAAUGUUCAACAGUCAAUGACAUAUUAGAACAGUCAAAUGUUAUCAUUAUGCUAUCUGGUCUUGAACCUAGAUUAGCAACAUGUGUUUCAAAAUACAUAUAUGAUACUGUGUCAGAAGACUCUCGUGUUCAGGAAUACAGGAGAACAAUAAGAGGUUACAUGUAUAGGGAUCAUAGUUGUAUUACUGAUAUUCAAAAGCUUAUGUUUGAGUCAAUGAAAGAAUUAAAUGCAACAUGUAGUAUAGGCAGUAAUCCUGUAUUUUAUAUAGGAGAUUUGGUUAUUGAUAAAUGGGGUCGGUAUUGUGAUAUUGUUUGUUCAGGUAUUGAUCAGCAACAAAUUGUUCCUGACUCUGUUCUCUCUAUUAAUGUAAGUAGCAUCAACACAAAUAAAAUUAAAUUUACAAAAUAUUUACCAAUGUUUCAUCAUCUUGAAAAAAUUAAAAUAACAUAUAAAUCUGAAUUUCUAUUGUUAUCAAGUACACAAAGUGCUAGUACACAGAAUAAUGAGUUGAUUGAUGAGAUUAGCAAUUGUGUUUGUGAGACAAUUAAAGUAAAUACUUCAACAUUAAAAUCUCUGACUCUUCAUGUCUCUUACACUGGCAAGUAUUACCCAGUGUGUAAAACAGUUGUUAGUUACCUACCUAGUAUGAUCAAUCUUGUAGCAAUACGUAUGAGUGGUAUAAAAAUGAGUCAUGAUGAUACUACUACAUUUUGUAAUUUUCUUGAGAGAACCAGUCAUCUUGAACAAAUACAGCUUAUUAAUGUUAAAUGUGAGUGUGAGAAGCAGCAUGAUGUAAAUUUAUCAAAACAUCAACAACUUCAGUAUCUUGAUUUGUAUAAUACUGUUAGUGUGAUAGAUGCUGAUACUACAAACCUUGAAAUAUUUGAAUUUAGUCAAUUGAAAGAUAGUAAUUAUGAGAAAAUAUUUGAUAUUAUUAGAAAAUCUUACAAAUUAAAAGAACUAGAAUUGCAUGGAGAAUAUAACAAUAAAUCUCAAUUAUAUCAUACCAACAUAACAAAUAGACUAGUCAGAGUAUUACCAUUGUUACACAAUCUCAGUAAGCUUAAGUUAUGGCAUUGUAGGUUUACUGACAAUAUAAUACAGUUACCUUUAGAAAUGAAGAGUUUAAAGAACAUUAAGCUUUAUAAUGUCAUAAUGAGUUUGACAACAUGGCGGAAGUUUGUUGAUAGUUUUCCUGGUAUUCCUCAUACUGUAUAUGUGAGAGUAGAGGGCUGUUAUAUAACAGGAGAUGGUGAGGAGUUUGAUGGUGAUAGGUUAACAUUGAUAAGACAAGCACUAAGAGGAGGGAAGGGAAAUGAUGCUAUACAGUAUGUAAAAGAUAAGGAUCAGUUAUUUCAUGUUAAAUUAGAUAGUGUUUAUAGGUUUGAAUUUUCAACAAAAAAGUGAUAAAGUAUCCAAUGGAUAUAGUUACUUAGUGUUUGAACACUAAUUUUUGUUAUUCUACCUUUUCAACAAAAUAAUGGUUUGAAUUUUUAACAUAGUGAGAUAAAAUACAUGCAGAUAACAUAGUGUUUGAACUGAAUUAUUUUAUGUGAAAAUUUACAAUAAUUUUUAGCUCACCUGUCACUUUGUGACAGGGUGAGCUUUUGUGAUCGCUUUUCGUCCGGCGUCCGUCCGUCCGGCGUCCGUCCGUCCGUAAACUUUUGCUUUAAAUGACAUCUCCUCAUAAACCGCUGAGCCAAUUUCAUCCAAACUUCACAGGAAUGUUCCUUUGGUGGUCACCUUUAAAAAUUGUUCAAAGAAUUUAAUUCCAUGCAGAACUCUGGUUGCCAUGGCAACCGAAAGAAAAAUCUUUAAAAUAU